GCAGUACAGCAGUAAGAUGUCUACCAACAAUCAACAAGUCGACAAUGAUAAACUCUCCGAUAUUCUGAUAUUAUCCUCUCCGCCCACGGCAGUACAAACACCAGCCUCAUUGAGUCCAAGAGACAACCAAUAUCAAAGAAGUAGGUCCCUAUCAGUAAGAAACCCUGAUGAUACUCCUUAUGAUGAGUAUCUACAAGACUACGACAGUGAUGAAGCGGGGUCAAGAGCAAACAGUCCUACGCCAUUACUAAGGUACGAAAGAAGGGUUGGAGCCCUAUCGCCGUCCAUCUCUAUAUCCAAAGUAUCAGAAGUCGAUAAAUCAGUGUGCACGCUUAAUGUUAUAGAAUCACAGGCGCCACUGACUGAGGAUAUAUGGGGUAGCAGAUUAUGGCACAAAUGUAAGUCGGCCCUCUCACCAAAGGAUGUGAAUGACAGUUCGAAUAGUUCAAAAUCCAAAGCAUGGGGACAUCGGUACAUUCGUAAAUUCUACACCGUGCCAGCAAAGUAUAGUCCCUGGGUUUUACUGGCAUAUAUUCUCAUAUGUGGCAGCGUACUAUACAGUAUGUUCUACUUCAAUAAUUACAAUUCCAGUACUGAACUGGGUAAACCGCUCAUCCUAAAUGCAGACACACGGGGCAGUUUUAUUGCCAGCGAGGCUGGUACCUUCAAUCCUAUCCGGUGUCCACCCUUUACAAGCACAUACACAGGUGCGUGGUAUGUCACAGGCACAACUGUAUAUCGCAGCGACUCCAGAGUGUGCAUUGCAGCUGUGCACGCAGGAGUGAUCAACGAUGCCACGGGUGGAUGUGCGCUAUAUCGGCAGCUUGAUAGCUCAGCCUCCUCCUUCGAUGGUACAUUCUCCAAUGGCAUCCAGAGUGGCGACUCCACGACUUUCGAUAGUACCCCAUUCGAAUUUCAGAAGUGUGUUUCUCCCUACGGCUGUGAGUACUGGGGGUUCACGAUAUUUUUGCCAGUGGCACUGGUAAUGUUCCUUGGGCUUGUCCUGCUGCGCACAACGUCUGUUGUCUUAUUCGCGUGCAUGGCUGUUGUAGGAUAUUGGUACGUGAUUUUGAUCGGCCAACCCUUGUACGCGGUCAGCUUCGUACAAGAACGCCUAGGGUUGUUCCUGCCUUUCUUGACUGCUGUCUACGUCUUAUGGACGUUCGGUGGAAAUGCAGCUACACCGCCAUCCACGCACAUGAUUGAAAGAGUGAUACUGUAUAUAUUACCAUGCUGGGCCUUUUUCCACAUGAACUACCUCACACUUGUGUUCCCUGAUGAGGACAUCUCGACUGGUGAUUCGGCCUCGGAUGGUGGUUCAGCGGUCACUUGGAAUCCGAUUUCAAUCACUCUACUGGCAGUCGCAUUACCUAUCGUGAUUAUCCUUCUGUUUUACCUAUGUCGUAGUAUCUGGCGAUCAGGAAAUACAAUUUACUACUUACUGGGAUAUACCGCGGUGGUAGUGUUAGUAGGUAUCUUCUGGGCGCUAGUAAGCUCACAGUUCUACUUCCACCUGCACCACUAUCAGGUGGCUUUAAUUGUGUGGCCUUUAGCGACAUUCAGUACACGACCCGCCGCUUUUACGCAAGCCAUCAUGCUUGGAGUCUUCGUCAAUGGCGUUGCAAGGUGGGGGUGGGGGUCCACAUUCACUGCUUGAAUGGAUAGCACGAUGUAAGUGUAGACGACAAUAAUAUAUAUGUAUAUAAAUAUAUAAAUACUGACAUUUAUGUACAUAUUCGGGAAGCAAAACCAUAUAUUGGGCGAGCAACGUGAACAAAGCAACUUAUGAACUGCUAACUAAACACAGCAAAUAGUAUGAAUU